AUGGUACACAAACGAAAUCAGUCUGCCACUAACUUAAGCUCGAAUUUAAGCAUUCCUGUGCGUAUUACCGAAAGAAUGAAUUUAUAUCGGCAAUUGAAUGUAUCUCGUAGCCCAAACAAUUGCAUAAGCGUUGAUAUUAACAACAGUCUGCUGUCAUCCAACAAUUUUAAAAGCCUUAACUUUUGUCUUAUAAAUACUCGAUCCCUUAAUAACAAAUCCGCUGAGUUUAUAGAUUUCAUAUGUGAUCGUCAACCUGAUAUUGUCGCCUUAACUGAAACCUGGUUCCACGAACAUGAAACUGCUGCUAGAUCUCUUUGCACGCCUACAGGUUACAACCUUUUUGAUCACCCACGACUCGGCCGACAUGGUGGUGGUACUGGAGUACUGUUUAGGAAUAAUCUGACUGUCAACCGAGUAUCUGCUGCAGAACGUCGAUCGUUUGAAUACUCUGAGUGGCAUAUAAAAGCAGGGACCAGACGUAUUCGUUUAAUCGUUGUUUACAGAAUACCAUACUCUGAUAUUCAUCCCAUAUCUACCACAACAUUUUUUGAUGAGUUUUCCAAAUUUCUUGAAUCUGUGGUCCUCUGUACUGACUUACUUCUGAUUACCGGUGACUUUAAUAUCCAUGUUGAUGUGACUGAUGAUGCUGAUGCUGUUAAACUUCAGGAACUACUCGAGAGUACUGGUCUACAGCAACAUGUCAAUGUCCCAACUCAUAUCCAUGGACAUACUUUAGAUCUUAUCAUAACAAGACUUUCCGAAAAUAUCAUUGCUUCUCCACCUCGAAAUGAUCAUUUGUUUUCGGAUCACAUGCCUGUUCAUUGUAAUCUUCUAGUCAACAAGCCUGACCUUAAGAGAAUCAAUAUAUCCUACAGGAAAAUUAAAUCCAUCAAUGUUGAUGCCUUCCGUAACGAUCUCUCUAAUUCAGAUCUCUGUAAAAACAUGCUUUCGAUGGAGCUCAAUGAUCUUGUUGACAGUUACAAUGAUACAUUGUCCUCAACAUUGGAUCGACAUGCACCUGUGAAAUGCAAAACAGUUAUAAAAAGACCGACCGUUCCCUGGUUUACCGAGGAAGUCAAGUUAGCGAAAAGAGCACGAAGAAUACAGUGA